AUGUGGUCUAUGGCAGACGGUGCGAGUGUUCCUGUAAACGCAUUGAGGAAUGCAUUGCUCAUCUGUGCCAUGUCCCUGGACGCCCUGUGCCUGGAAACUGCGGUAGAGUCAGCUACUCUUAUGACUCCAUUGUUUCGUGGUGCCACGACUUUCUACAACGUCGCUGAGGGCGCUCAGCCUAUCCUCGACACCUGCAGCCCUGGUGGCUUAUAUGUUAUGGCCAGGACUUCCAAGAUGAUAAGUGGAAUUUUAUUGUGA